AGGGUUUUCAUUAAAGCAUGGAAGACAGAAGAGGAAAGACUUUAGCUAGUGCUUUAAUUUCAUCUGAAACUCUACAGAUACUGUUUUUGACGAUUACGUGCUGCUGAAUGUUCAGCUGGGGAAAUUGAAGGUCUUUGAUUCAGAAGAAACAAAUCAAGAAGAAGACCCCGGGGCUCACCUGCCGAGCGCCUCUGGAUGGCCUCGGCAGUCUUGCCUACCCUUCCGAGUAAGAUGUCCCUGCGAUCCCUGAAAUGCAGUCUCCUGCUGCUGUCACUGCUGAGUUUCCUUGUCAUGUGGUACCUCAGCCUCCCCCAGUACAACGUGAUAGAACGUGUCAACUGGAUGUACUUCUACGAGUACGAGCCGAUUUACAGACAAGACUUCCGCUUCACGCUCCGGGAGCAUUCCAACUGCUCUCAUCAAAACCCGUUCCUGGUCAUCCUGGUGACCUCCCACCCAUCAGAUGUGAAAGCCAGACAGGCCAUCAGAGUGACUUGGGGUGAAAAGAAGUCUUGGUGGGGAUAUGAGGUUCUUACGUUUUUCUUGCUAGGCCAGCAGGCUGAAAGGGAGGACAAAAUGCUAGCCUUGUCCUUAGAGGAUGAGCACCUCCUCUAUGGUGACAUCAUCCGGCAAGAUUUUCUAGACACAUAUAAUAACCUGACCUUGAAAACCAUUAUGGCAUUCAGGUGGGUAACGGAGUUCUGCCCCAAUGCCAAGUACGUCAUGAAGACAGACACUGAUGUUUUCAUCAAUACUGGCAAUUUAGUGAAGUAUCUUUUAAACCUGAACCACUCAGAGAAGUUUUUCACAGGUUAUCCUCUAAUCGAUAAUUACUCCUAUAGAGGAUUUUACCAAAAAAUCCACAUCUCGUACCAGGAGUAUCCUUUCAAGGUGUUCCCUCCCUACUGCAGUGGGUUGGGGUACGUAAUGUCUAGAGAUCUGGUACCAAGGAUCUAUGAAAUGAUGAGUCACGUAAAACCCAUCAAGUUUGAAGACGUUUAUGUCGGGAUCUGUUUGAAUUUACUGAAAGUGGACAUUCACAUUCCAGAGGACACUAACCUUUUCUUUCUGUAUAGAAUCCAUUUGGACGUCUGCCAGCUCAGACGUGUGAUCGCAGCCCACGGCUUUUCCUCCAAGGAGAUCAUCACUUUCUGGCAGGUUAUGCUAAGGAACACCACAUGCCAUUAUUAAUGCCACAUUCCACCAAAAGCUAGAGAAGGGCAGGACGCUUAGCGGAAAGUGUGGAAGUUGGGACUGUGGGAAGUUCGUGGGAAGGUCAGGGUGCCGGCUUACCCUGGCCUCAAACCCACAAAGAACCCAGAGGCUGGAGGGUUCAGCUUUACUUGUGAUCUUUUUUGACAAAAAUCAAGUCAGACCCUUUUAAAGAUGAUAGAGGAAUUACAUAUCUCCAAAUAAAAUUGGAGGUAUUUGUUAAUGAAAUGAAUAGGAGCAAAUAAUUUCAACAUGUUUUUCUGUAGGCUAGAAUUUCUUAAAAGGGUUUCUCUAAAUUAUAAGCUCAUUAAUUAAUAACAAUAAAGCAGUGUAGAGUUUUAUUUAUGGAGCAAUCUAAUCACUUAAAGGAUUCAUAUGGAUCUUUCAUGGAUAGCUAAUUUAAAAAUGUAGUUCUGUGUCAAAACUUAACUGAAGUUACACUGAGCAAAAGUUCAUCUUUUUUUUUUUUUGUCACGUGGA